CUUCGUCGCCCAUCUUCCCGCCGGCCCGCCGCUCCUCUUCUCCGGCCAGGCUCCCCGCUCCCUCUCACCCGCAGCCGGCCGCCCUCCACCCUGCAGCUCCCCCGCUUCCACUCCCUCGUCACGGAAGCGGUCCUCCGCAUCGCCAUCUUCGUCGCCCAUCUUCCCGCCGGCCCGCCGCUCCUCUUCUCCGGCCAGGCUCCCGCUCCCUCUCACCCGCAGCCGGCCGCCCUCCACCCUGCAGCUCCCCCGCUUCCCGUCCAGGCCGCCCGGCACCACCAAAUCCCAAUCGCCCCCAUGGAGGUCGGGAGCUCCCUGGUCGGUACAGGCUGAGCGCGGCUCCUCCCUCUACCUCGCGAGGCGGCCUUCACCGACGACCGACGACUGCCGACGCCGACCUCUCUCCAGCACGUGCGCCUAGCUUCUCCAAACCCUAGUUCAUCCACAUCGCCCACCACCGGCAACAGCCUGCAUCCGAGAUGGCUGAAUCUGUGGAGGAAGUUCCGGAUGUUGGUGCUAAAGCCAAGAAGACCGUGAAGGUGAUGACUUGGACCCCUCCUAUGUCAGCAUGCAUGAUGCGAUGUCUAGCCGGCAUAGCGGCGAAAGGUGUGAAGACAGACAAAGGAUUCAAAGAGAUACAUAUUACUCAAGCUGCAAAAGCUUUGACUCAACUUGUCGGUUACGAAGUGACUACCACCCAAGUGACCAAUCAUCUACGCAAGUGGAAGAUAAGGUAUCAACGAAUUGAAAAGUUGAGAGUAUUAAGCGGGGCACUUUGGGAUGAUGAUAAAAAAAUGAUUCUUCUAGACGAGCAACAUUAUUUGGGCCACACUCAGGACACUCCUAAGGAUGCUGAAUUUCUGAACACACCACUUGUCAACUUCGAGUAUAUGGAAGCUUGCUUUGCCGAUAAGCUAGCAACAGGAAAGUUUGCAAUGGGGUCAAAUGAGCCUUUGGGGAAACCCGUCGAGGUAGAGUGUCCAGAGAAUACUAUCGAUUUGGAGGGCCAAGACACAAGUGGUGAAGGUUUUGUGGGAGGUCAAGCCAACUUUCAAUCUGGUGUUCAAGGCGUUGGGACAACUACUCCUUCACCACCUUCUAGCUCAAAUAAGAAGAGGAAGGGGACUAGAAAAACUAUCUAUGCUGUAAUGAUGGAGACAUAA